GCGUUUCCAGGAAAAGACGCGUACAUUUUCCUAUAAUGGCGGACCAGGUUGAUAACGAAGCUAUCGGCUUCAACGACAACAGAAUGGCGCAGCAGCCACUGCGGUUCCGUGGCCCUACUCCUGCGCCUGCACCUACAACUGCACCACCUUCCCCGACUCCAGUGUUACGUGGCCCGCCACCACUCCUUCGGCCGCCACCUCCUCCUUUUGGGAUGCUAAGGGCACCUCCUCCGCGACCCCCGUUUGCUCGGCCACCCUUUGACCCUAAUAUGCCACCCAUUCCACCACCAGGAGGCAUGCCACCACCCAUUGCACCACCUCACCUACAGAGACCCCCAUUUCUCCCCCCUCCCAUUGGGAAUCUUCCACCUCCACCAGGGAUGUUGUUUCCUCCUGGGAUGCCACCUGUUCCCACAUCUGGAACCCCGGCACUCAACCCUACAGAGGAAAUCUGGGUAGAGAACAAAACGCCAGAGGGAAAGGCAUAUUACUACAAUGCCAGGACAAGAGAGUCAUCGUGGAGUAAACCGGAUGGUGUGAAGAUCAUCCAACAGUCGGAGCUCAACCCUUUGCUUGUAGCUGGGGCUGGAGCUGCAGGGACGGGGACAAGCGCAGUGGCUACUGUGGCUCCCAGCUCAAGUAGUGUUAACACUACAGCAAGCACGGCACCACCGCCAAUCCUUACUCAGGCCCCUUCCACAGCUCCUUCCCGUACACUGACCUCUAGCCCAGACUCCAUUAUCACACCCUCACCCUCUGUGACCAUCACAGCCACAGUUGUAGCAGAUCUUCCCCCAGUUGCUACAGUAACCUCAGCUGUUCCUGUAUCUCCAGUCACUGUAGUGACUGUUUCCACGGUGCCAUCACCUGUUACCGCAGUGCAGACUGUGCCGCUGCUCCCUGCAGCCCUGCCUCACACUGUGGCACAGCCCACAGCGGCCAUACCUGCCUUUCCCCCCGUCAUGGUACCGCCAUUCAGGGUGCCAUUACCAGGCAUGCAUAUCCCGUUACCAGGUGUAGCAAUGAUGCAGAUAGUAGGUGCACCCUGUGUAAAGGCUGGCCCCAGCGCCAACGGAAUGCUUCCUGGUAUGGGCCCGCCCUUAGUUUCCAUGAUGCACCCCCAGUUAGCUCUCUCAGCAGCUCCUGCUUCUAUGGCUGGCUCACUGCAGCUACCUGAGUGGUCGGAGUACAAAACAGCUGACGGGAAAACGUACUACUACAACAAUCGAACACUGGAGUCCACCUGGGAGAAACCACAGGCCUUGGUGGAAAAAGAAAAAGAAAUAGAGAAAGCCAAGGAGCGUCUGGCCCAGGAAGAGGCUGAAGCAAUGGAGAUGGAAGAUGAAGAGAUCAAAAUAGAAAACACUAAUAAUGAGAAAGAGUCUCUGCACUUACGGUAUGUAAUUGUCAAGGAGCCUAAAGAAGAAGAAAUGACAGAGGAGGAAAAAGCAGCUCAGAAAGCCAGACCUGUAGCCACCAACCCUAUCCCUGGAACCCCAUGGUGUGUGGUUUGGACCGGAGAUGAUCGUGUGUUCUUUUACAAUCCGACCACACGGCUGUCCAUGUGGGAUCGACCCGAGGAGCUGGUUGGUCGAGCUGAUGUUGACAAGCACAUCCAGGAGCCUCCACAUAAAAGAGGCAUGGAGGACACCAAGAAAACAGGUAUCAGUAAAGAGGAGUUGGAUAUAACUGUUGCUACUGAAAGUAACUUGGAAGAAGAGCCAACCAAAGCCAAAAAACGGAAAAAGGAGGAAAUGAAGGAAGCAGACUCAGAAAAGGAAGCAGCAAUGGAAGCAGAGCUCAGAGCUGCCAGAGAGAGAGCGACAGUGCCUCUUGAAGCCCGGAUGACCCAGUUCAAGGACAUGCUGUUAGAAAGAGGGGUAUCUGCAUUCUCAACUUGGGACAAAGAGCUGCAUAAGAUUGUGUUUGACUCUCGUUACCUUCUGCUCAACCCAAAAGAGAGGAAACAGGUAUUUGAUCAGUAUGUGAAAACACGAGCAGAGGAGGAGAGGAAGGAGAAGAAAAACAAACUGAUGCAUGCCAAAGAUGAGUUCAGGAGGAUGAUGGAAGAGGCGAAGCUUACAGCCAGGACAACGUUCAGUGAAUUUGCAGUGAAGUAUGGCCGAGAUCCACGAUUUAAGACCAUAGAGAAGAUGAAGGACAGGGAAGCCAUCUUCAUCGAAUUCAUUACUGCUAUGAGAAAGAGAGAAAAAGAGGAUUCCAAGUCCAGAGGAGAUAAGGUGAAGCAGGACUUCUUUGACUUACUGAGCGAGCAGCAUGUAGAGGGGGGGCAGCGUUGGAGCAAAGUGAAGGAACGGUUGGAAACAGAUCCUCGAUACAAGACUGUGGACAACUCAUCACUCAGAGAAGAACUUUACAAGCAGUACAUGGAAAAGCUAGCCAAGAACAUGGACAUUGAAAAGGAGCGAGAGUUGGAGCGACAGGCGCGAAUCGAAGCCAGUCUCCGAGAGAGGGAGCGGGAGGUGCAAAAGGCGCGAUCUGAACAGACCAAAGAGAUUGACAGAGAGAGGGAACAACACAAAAGAGAGGAGGCGAUCCAGAAUUUCAAAGCUCUGAUGUCUGACAUGGUACGUUCUUCAGAUGCAACAUGGUCCGACACGCGGCGUAACCUACGGAAGGAUCAUCGCUGGGAGUCGGCAUCAUUGCUGGAGCGAGAGGAGAAAGAGAAGCUUUUUAAUGAACACGUAGAAGCACUGGCCAAAAAGAAGAAGGAACAUUUCAGACAGCUGCUGGAUGAGACCAGCAUGGUAAGAAGUACGAUCACACUGACAACGACGUGGAAGGAGGUGAAGAAGGUCAUUAAGGAAGAUCCCCGUUGUAUCAAAUUUUCCUCCAGUGACAGAAAGAGGCAGCGAGAGUUUGAAGACUACAUCAAAGACAAGUACAUCACAGCCAAAGCUGACUUCAGGACUCUGCUCAAGGAGACCAAGUUCAUCACAUACAGGUCGAGAAAGCUGAUCCAAGAGUCAGAGCAACAUCUGAAGGAUGUGGAGAAAAUACUUCAGAAUGACAAGCGCUACCUCGUUUUGGAGUGCGUCCCAGAGGAGCGCCGGAAACUCAUCAUGUUCUACAUUGAAGACCUAGACCGCCGUGGCCCACCACCUCCACCAACGGCCUCAGAGCCAACGCGGCGCUCUACCAAGUGACCAAUUCACCUCAUCGCCGGUGCCCAACCCUUCUUUGCCCCCUGUUUGGCCAGCGCAUGACCUCCCACAAGUCUCCUUUGACCCCAUCCUUCAGGCUUACAGCUGGCCUUGCAGUGUUAUCACUGGGGUUAUGAUGCUUACAGAUGUACCAUAGAGAUGAACGGUUGAAGUCUCUGUGUUAUGUCGCCUCUUAGCCCUGAAAUAGCCCUGCAUUUAAAGCAAAUGCAGGGAACACAGGUUACCUGGUCUCAAGGUGACCCUUGACCCCUCACCUCUGAAUGACCACAUUGGAGGGAGGGGGAUAGCGAUACGUCUGCUGUCCAAGCAGCCACAGAAGUGUAAGAUAGCUGUUGUAAAUGAAGUUGUGUGAGUGCGUGCGUGUGCACGUGUGUGAGGCGUCCUGAAGCCUUACUGCUCCACUGUGCCCAUCAUUGUUUCAGUGGCUCAGUGAGAAUGUUAGUUUUUGCUCAGUGGUUUACUCCAAUGUCACAGCAGUUUUUUUCUGUUGACUCAAAUAAAAGGCAACUUCCACUGUUUUU